AAACGUCUCAAACCCCAGACGCAAGUGGUUUCUCUCCAGUUCAGUUCAUGGAUCACUGGUUGUUGUUGUUGUUAUUAUUAUUAUUAUUCAUCUGAAAGCUCGUAGAAGUUCAUCUUCGUCGUCGUCGAUUUCUGAAAUUGUUAUAGAGAUCAUCUUCUGUUCGUUAUCUGGAAGGUGUAUUCAUCAACUAUGCAGCCUUGUAGCAGAGAAAUGCAAGCCAUGAACUCUCUGUUAAACCAGUCUCAUCAAAUCCCUCUCCAAGAACAACAACAACAGCAACAACAACAGCAACAGCAGCAUUCGCAGAUCCAAAAUCCGCAGUUUGAUUCUUCCUCGCACGAUGAUUUUCUCGAGCAAAUGCUGUCGACGCUGCCUUCCUGUUCGUGGGGCUCCGACCCGGCCACCGCGCUCAAGUCAUCGCCGUGGGUAGAUGAACCAGCUCCCUCCGACUUCCACGCUGCGCACUUCAGCGACGAGUCCGCAAUCCUCGCAUCCAAGCUCCGGCAGCACCAGAUCAGCGGUGGCUCUCCUGCCGCGGCCGCCGCUGCGGCUGCUAAGAUGAUGAUGCAGCACCAUCAACAGAUCAUGAUGAUGCCUCUUUCUCUUGGGGCCGAGAGCCACCAAAACGACGUCGUUGAUGGCUCCUCUUCGUCUUCCUUCAAGUCUCCUAGUAAUCAUCAGGGAGGAGAUGGUUCGCUGCAAGCUCUAUACAAUGGUUUCGGCAGUGGAUCUUUGCAUGGCGGCGGUCAGCCUCCGAACCAGGCACAACAUUUUCACCAUCCUCAGGGAGGACCGAUGCAGCAGGCUCAAAAUUUCGGAGCUCCCAGCGCCGUGAUGAACCAAACUCAGCCUCAAAUUCAGCCCCAAGCAAGUGGCUCAACCGGCGGUGCAUCGGCGCAGCCGAGACAGAGAGUCCGUGCCAGGAGAGGCCAAGCCACUGAUCCUCACAGCAUCGCUGAAAGGUUACGGCGAGAAAGAAUUGCAGAGAGAAUGAAGGCUCUGCAGGAACUUGUUCCGAAUGCCAACAAGACAGACAAAGCCUCAAUGCUAGAUGAGAUCAUCGACUACGUGAAAUUCCUCCAGCUCCAAGUCAAGGUUCUGAGCAUGAGCAGAUUAGGCGGUGCAGCUGCGGUUGCUCCUCUCGUCGCCGAUCUGUCGUCGGAGGGAGGUGGUGACUGUAUCCAGGGCAACGGCAACGGCAACGGCAACGGCAACGGCGGGACCCACGCGAGGAACAAUACGGCGUCGUCUAACGACAGCCUCACCGUCACCGAGCAUCAGGUGGCGAAGCUGAUGGAGGAGGACAUGGGGUCCGCCAUGCAGUAUCUCCAAGGGAAAGGCCUAUGCCUUAUGCCCAUUUCCCUCGCUACCGCAAUCUCCACCGCCACGUGUCACUCCAGGGGCCCUAUGAUCAACAACGCCGCCGUCCCCACUAAUAAUAACAACCCACUUCUCCAAUCCAACGGCGAGGGACCCUCCUCUCCAAGCAUGUCCGUCUUGACCGUUCAGUCAGCUACCGUGGGUAACGGCGGGACUGAACCCUCCUCCGUUAAGGACGCUGCUUCUGUUUCGAAGCCGUGAUGACGGCGUUGACUUUACUGACCCCACCCCCUCGCUUUUGGUCCUUGCGGGAAAGAAAUUCUCCAGAGUCUACUAAAAUAAGGUGGUCUUUUAGUUAAAGUGCGCGGUAGAUACGACGCCGUAUUUACGUAGACUUUGGUUCACGCCAACCUCCCUCCCUCCCUCCACCCCACCAACAAUAAACAACAAACCCAAACCAAAUCCCAAGAACUACCCUUCUCUUUUUCUCUUUUUAUUAUUGUCAUUAUCAAUUUAUCAUUUACUUUUUAAUUUUUUUUUUUUGAAGUUUAGGUUCUGUUAAAUUAUUAUUAUUAUUAUUAUUAUAA